UAUUAAACUCCAGUGCAAGGGGCGGGCCAGUGGCAGUUCUUGACCUUGACCGUGGGUAUAUAUAAUCAGCAGCGGCCUCAGGGCCUGCAGACUCCAACAUGCACAGCCAAGGUCUUCUCUUCGCCGUGCUUCUGGCCACCAUCGCCUUUGCCAAAGCUAAAUACGAUGUAGAAGAAGCGGAGAAACACUUCAAUCUGUGUAAAGAAGAGACCGGGGCAGAGGAAAAUUUCGCGGAGACAUACAAGAGUGAAGUAAUUCCUUCCAGUGACAAAGGAAAGUGCUUGUUGGAGUGUGUUAUGAGACACAAGGGUGUAUAUGACAAGGACGGCAAGUUCGACUUAGAGGGCCUUAAGAAGUAUGCCGGGAAGGUUUUCGAGCACAAGCCCGAGAACGUAGAGAAGAUGAUAGCGAUUGCCGAAGAGUGUCACAAGCUGGAUGUGGAAGGUCUGGACAAGUGUGAGGCCGCUUACAAGUAUGCUACUUGUUGUCAAACCAAGUCACGAGAGCAAAACAUCAGCUUCAAAGACUAGAGGAUGAACAACUGGCAACAGAAAUGACCGGCCACUGGUUUUAAUCUAUAAUUUCAGCCAACACGAAGAAAAAGUGUUAUCUUGUUUUUGUUGUGCUGGUUUUGUCAGAAACAAAACAAAAUACAAUAGUUAAAACAAUA